UCUGCAUCGCUCGGAGACAACCAAUCAGAUCCACUCGUUUUCGCCGAAGCUCAUCUCGGGCAAAAACAACAGCCGUCUCCUCCUUUCGUUUCCGGUUAGCAUCUUUAUCCGCAGCACCAACUUAACCUGCUACAUGUUACAUUGACGAAAGCAUUUGUACUCGGUCGAUUACAUGUUUUUACACCUUAGUGUCCUUCUGAAGAAAGCGGGAAUUGGAGAGCUAACGCGCUGUUAGCUGCCAAGCUGCUAGCUAGCUAGCUAGAAUCGGCGAUCCCGGGAGAGAAAGAUGGGGUCCGUCCUGAGUCGCAGAAUCGCUGGUGUUGAGGAUAUCGACAUCCAGGCCAACUCGGCCUAUCGAUUUCCUCCCAAAUCGGGGAAUUAUUUUGCGAGCCACUUCUUUAUGGGGGGGGAGAAAUUUGACACCCCCCAUCCAGAGGGAUAUCUUUUUGGAGAGAACAUGGACCUGAACUUUCUUGGAAACAGGCCAGUGCAGUUUCCAUAUGUGACGCCGGCACCCCACGAGCCGGUGAAAACCCUGAGGAGUCUGGUCAACAUUAGAAAGGACUCUCUGCGACUGGUCAGGUAUAAAGAUGACUCUGACGCCCCGGUGGAGGAAGGUGAAAAACCAAAGGUUCAGUAUGGUGUGGAGUUCACCUUUGACGCUGACGCUCGGGUGGCCAUCACCCUCUACUGCCAAGCAUUUGAGGAAUUCUCCAACGGCAUGGCAGUAUACAGCGCAAAGAAUCCAUCGCUGGUGUCUGAAACUGUGCAUUACAAGCGAGGCGUGAGCCAGCAGUUCUCCAUGCCGUCUUUUAAAAUAGAUCUCACCGAGUGGAAAGAGGAAGACCUGAACUUUGACCUUGACCGGGGUGUGUUUCCUAUGGUGAUCCAAGCUGUUGUGGACGAAGGGGACGAUUGCCUCGGACAUGCUCACGUACUUUUGGCAGCGUUUGAAAGACACGUUGACGGCAGUUUCUCCGUCAAGCCUCUGAAGCAGAAGCAAAUUGUGGACCGUGUGAGCUACCUCUUACAGGAGAUCUAUGGGAUUGAGAACAAAAACAACCAGGAAACCAAGCCCUCCGAUGAUGAAAACAGUGACAACAGCAACGAGUGCGUCGUCUGUCUGUCGGACCUGCGAGAUACGCUCAUCCUGCCCUGCAGACAUCUGUGUCUCUGCAACUCCUGCGCCGACACCCUGCGUUACCAGGCCAACAACUGCCCCAUCUGCAGGCUGCCCUUCAGAGCCUUGCUGCAGAUCAGAGCCGUGAGGAAAAAGCCUGGUGCUCUCUCGCCGGUGUCCUUCAGCCCCGUUCUGGCUCAGACUAUGGACCACGACGAGCACUCGAGCACCGACUCGGUUCCUCCCGGCUUCGAACCAAUCUCCCUGCUAGAGGCUCUGAAUGGGCUGCAGUCGGUGUCUCCUGCCAUCCCACCUGCCCCCCUCUACGAUGACAUCAACUUCUCCGGGGGUCCGGGUGGAGAAGGCAGGCAGCUAAGCUCCCCGGAGCAUCUAAGUGAUGGAAGUCUGCAGAAAGGCAAAGUCAGCAAGUCACCUGACAGCACCCUCAGAUCUCCAUCCUCCCCCAUCCAGGAAGAAGACGAAGAGAAGCUGUCUGAGGUGUCCGACGCUCAGCCACACACGCAGCUGUCCAGCAGUCCCGCCCCCACUGACGCAACCGCCACCGAGGACGUGGCUGAAUCUCUGUCUCCCGAUGACGAGGACAGGAUGCAUUCUGGAGGAGACCACUUACAGGACUGCAGCAGCGAACACAGCAGCUUGACCAAAACGGAGAGCGAGCCCGCGGGCGUCUUGUCCCUGCCAGCUCUAGGUCCUGAUUCCUGCUCUAUUGGUAUGGCGGAAUAACUGUGGGUCAUCCGAGUCAACGGAAAGCCUGAAAAGUCAGAGCACAAACAGCUCCAGCCAGCCUCUCCUGUGUCCCACAAGCAGCCUUCACAUGGAAGAUGAGCUCCUCAACCCCUGACUCUGAUCCGUCCUCCACCCUGGCAAACAUCAGAACGGAUCACCCGGUCCCUCCUGUUUCCUCGUGCCCCACCGCCCAGUCUUCUGCUGGACUGAUCAGAGCCGACAACCGGCCCGGAAAGAAAGUCCACCAGGACUAAAAAGGUUCAGGCUUUACAAAAUGAAUUUUUACUUCCGCAGAGAUGUUCUUGGUACCGACCGAUAAGAUCCCUCCCUGGCUUAGAAAACAUUUCAUUAAGAGUUGUGGUCUCGUUUUGUGGAUUCCACAGUAACAUUCCCACCUGUCAUGGUGGUUUUAAGCACACUUGCUUUAAAUCAACUUUAUCAAACACUAACUUCAUAAGAAUUUAUAAAUACAGUUUGUCUAGAUAUCGUAUUCAUCAGUGAAAUACAUUAAUGAUGUGGGAACUUAUUUUUACAGUAAGGCUGAUUUGUUCAUUUCAAGUGAUUUUUGCAUUCCGGCAAAUCAUUUGAUUCCAUUCCUUAAAAACACAACGAGAUGAGUUUACGCUUUGUUUUUAUUUUAUUUUAAUGACGUGAUAUAAUGUACUAGAAUCUUGUGUAGUUACCUCCAAAUUGUAUUCUUGCAUAUUGCGUGGAAAAGAAUAGAUUCAGUUAACAUGCACAUGGGAUAAUCAUUAAGAGCUACAGAUUCACAGUCUAACAGCUAAACUCAAAGAUAUCAAACGCCUGCAACAAGCAGCUGACUCACCUUUGUUGCUCAGCCAGCUCGCUGUAGAUGUCGCAGAUGUCCGUGCGGUCGUUUUCUGUCUGCUUAUGUGGCGUAGCUGCGAAAAAAAGUGUGUGUGUGGUGUUUGUGUGGCUGCGAUAAAUCUACAUAACAUGGUCCUUCACGUGCAAAUAGAUCUCUGUGCCUUGAAUCGUUAUGGCUGCCCGCUUGUUGCAUCGGACAUUAGUGUUUGUACAAAUGCUACAAUAUCAAACCGUUUUCCUCCCGUAGAAAGGAUUUUAAUGCUGAUGUAUAGAGCCGCCUUUUUUCUAUCGCAAACUUCAUGCUAUUGGAAAAAUGUCUCCUCUCAUAGUUGUUGCAUUAUGAAAUUGAACUCUUUACUAUCUUAUGGCCAUUUAUUAAUUAUGCAUUUAAUCGUACUACUUAGGUUGAAGUGGAUGUUUGAGCGGAAGGACCACAUCCAAUGCAAUAAUUGCAAACAUGGCAUUUUAAUAAUCGGGCUGGCAUUUGCAUGUGAAUUUGUAGUAAACUUUUAAGUACCAUGGUUAUUUAGUCUUUUCCCCCUUCUCUUCUGUGCCAUUUGAACUUAAUACUGUGCCUUCCUGUUCCUGUUCUGACCACUAUUAACCUGGUAUCCAGGAUCCCUCCACCGCAGGUGGUUGGUGGCCGUCUGUAGAAUCAAUACUGUUUCUCCUUGUGUGUAUAGCAGCAUGUGUAUCACAAUAAAGAACAAAUAUUCAGCACUUCA